AUGAUACAGACGCAGAAGGAACUGAAGAUCAACCACAUGCCCUUCAAGGUCGGACAGACCUUGGCUGUGACAGGAGUACCAAACGCUAAUGCUACUGAUAGGUUUUCAGUGAACAUCGGCCCCAAUGAUCAAGAUAUCGCUCUCCACGUUAACCCCCGCUUUCAAAGCAAGACUGUGGUGUGCAACACGCGCGAGGGGGCCAACUGGGGGCAGGAAAUCAUCGGAAAAGGGCUGCCUUUCCAGCAGGGGGUGGAGUUCACUAUCACCAUCGCUUUUAACUGUGGGGAGUUUGUGAUCACCCUGCCAGAUAGCUCCAUGAUCCAUGUCCCCAAUCGCCUGGGUGCAUACGAGUACAUUCACUUCUUUUCCGACGGUGAGGUUCGCAUUUCGAGCCUACAGAUUAAAUAA